AUCUGUUCUAGGAUCCAAACGUCUUCUGUUGUUCCUACAUUUCCUUCUCUUUACAUAGAGUAAGGUUGUAAACUAGCUGUCGGGAGCGCAGUCAUCUCCAGCACCCACAUUCGUUUUCUUCUAGCAUUUAACCAUGCGGAACUACACUCGUUAUAUGCAUUUUGCAUUUUCCUUGUUAUUAAUAUCUGUACCUCAGACCUCUGCUUCGCAACAAUCUGUUUCUUACGAGCGCACGACUAAUAUUCAACCAAACUCCCCUCCAAAAUUUCUCACCGAGGACCCGAGAAGCCUUUCCAAACGCCAGAGCAAUGGAACGGGUAACUCGCCAGUUUUCUUCAGAGACAACAAUGUCUGGUAUCGAGAUACGAGUGGACAGGAGAGUCAGAUGUCAACGACGGGAACGGAAGAUAAUCCCUUCAGCAACAUAACGUACCCUUCACCAGACAACAAAUUCGUCGUUGUAUUCCAAUCUAGGCCGUCCCAGGAGCGCAUCGUGUACGAAGUAGAGUCGAGUCCAUACGACCAGCUGCAACCUCGCUUGCAUCAAAUCCAGUACCUGAAGCCUGGUGACAACGUAACCAUUGAUCGGCCUCGCAUGUUCGAUCUGACCAACAAACGCGAGGUUUCCACAGACAACACACUAUUCGAGAACCCGUACCAACUUUAUUCACUGGAUGGUGGGUGGAAUCCCGAGGGCACCGAGUUCCGUUUCAUAUACAACCAAAGAGGACACCAAGUCGUGCGCGUGGUCGGCAUGAGUACUAAGGGAGAUGUGCGCGCCGUUGUCGAGGAAAAAAGCGAUACCUUUGUUGACUACUCGCAAAAGCUGUACUACAGAGAGCUCCGAGGGUCGAAUUCGAGUGCAAACUCGAAUCAAUUGAUCUGGGCAAGCGAACGUGACGGUUGGAACCAUCUCUAUCUCUACGAUCUGGUCAGCGGAGAAGUAGUGAACCAAAUCACGAAAGGAGAAUGGGUGGUGCGUUCCGUGGACUAUGUGGAUGUGAUGAAACGGCAAAUCUGGAUUAAGGUUCUUGGCGCUGUGCCUGGCCAGGAUCCCUACUACGCCCACCUGGCGCGAGUGAACUUUGAUGGCUCGGACUUCAGGAUCCUUACCGAGGGCGAUGGCGACCAUUACUGGGAUUUCAGCGAAGACAGAUCGACCUUCACGGAUACAUGGUCUCGCAUGGACAUGGCCGAGAAGACCGUCGUACGUGACGCCGAGACUGGAAACAAGACUGCCGAUGUAUCGGAGAACAAUCUGGACUGGGUCCUAUGGCCCAUUCCUGAGCGCUUCGCAGCGCCAGGCAGAGAUAAUUCCACACUUAUGUACGGCCUCGUGUUCCGUCCUUACCAGAUGGACAAUGCCACGAAAUACCCCGUCAUCGAAAAGAUCUACGCCGGUCCACAUGACUUCCAUGUACCGAAAGCAUACAUGAGUCACUACGAGGCCCAUCAAAUUGCAAACCAGGGGUUCGUUGUUGUCCUCAUCGACGGUAUGGGAACCAACUGGCGCUCCAAGGCUUUCCAUGACGUUUGCCACAAGAAUCUCAAGGAUGCAGGAUUCCCCGAUCGCAUUGCAUGGAUGAAAGCGGCGGCUUCGACCCGCCCUUGGAUGGAUAUCAGCCGCGUUGGAGUAUUUGGCGGCUCUGCUGGUGGUCAAAAUGCCAUGGCUGCUCUCCUCUUUCACAACGAUUUCUACAGUGUGGCUGCCGCAGACUGUGGAUGUCACGACAACCGCAUGGACAAGCUAUGGUGGAACGAAGCAUGGAUGGGGUACCCUGUCGACCAGAGCUACGCGGACAGCUCCAAUGUUGUGAAUGCAGGAAAAUUGGAAGGCAGUCUCCUACUUACAGUUGGCGAACUCGACUCGAACGUAGAUCCGGCAAGCACAAUGCAGGUUGUGAACGCGCUCACUCGAGCAGACAAAGACUUUGACUUGGUAGUCAUUCCGGGAGGCGAGCAUGGUGUGGCAACUACAGACUCAUAUGCGUUGAGAAGAACAAGAGAUUUCUUAUAUCGGAAGUUGAAGGGGACAGAACCACCUAAGCUCUUGUAAAAACAAUAGCUAGAUUGUGUGAAAUUCUCUGUACUAAUUCAGAUUAUCCAGCAUGUGUCGUCGAAAGUAGAGUUACUUUAAGCCGGGCUUGCUGCCCUGCGUAUGAAGCGACGCCAAAACGAGAGAGCCUUUGGAAGCAAUGCGACAGGUAGCUAGAUCUGCAACAGCAUUAGGAGGAUCAUUGAGGUGCGAGCUUAGAGAGAGGAAGAGAGAUAGAAAGAAAAUAAAGUUUGUCAUAGCCACAGAGAAGAGCAAGGCUAAGAGCGAGUGUUGUAAAAGGCAGCAUAAUCUCGGAAUUUUUACUGCCCUGCGAAAGGCACUCGUAUUUCUGGGCAGGUGCACAUAGCUAUGGAUACGCUGCGCAGAGACGUCUGAACGACACCGGCAAAGUUUAUCACCAGCUCAGAGUUUCGUUAGCAGGUCCGGAGUUGCCGUGAUCCACUG